GGUAUGACUGGCACAGUGGAAAUUACGACGCGUCGCGAGUCGCGACUCACAAAUAUUGUUGCACGUGAUUAAAGUCACGUGGACCAUGUAUACCGCGCCGGUGUUGAUUCGAAUUUUCGCAAACCUCUCUUAACCUCCUACCACCAUCAUCCCCCGCUCCUCUUUUCUACAUUGAAAUGGCCCCAAAACCUGUUUCCACCGCCUCUAAAGCACCAGCAUCCACUGCUGGCAAAGCUCCUGCGAAAACUGAGGGUUCUAAGGCUGCCAAAAAGACUGCGAGUAAGAGUAAGCCAACUGCUGGCGUUGAUGGUGAGAAGAAGAAGCGUAAAAAAGCAAGAAAGGAAACCUACAGCUCUUACAUCUACAAGGUCUUGAGGCAGGUACACCCCGAUACUGGUAUCUCCAACAAGGCCAUGGCUAUCCUAAAUUCCUUCGUCAACGAUAUUUUCGAGCGCAUUGCCACCGAAGCUUCUAAACUCGCCACGUAUUCCAAGAAGUCUACCAUCUCUUCUCGUGAAAUCCAGACUAGUGUUCGUCUCAUUCUUCCCGGAGAACUGGCAAAACAUGCUAUCUCCGAGGGUACCAAGUCUGUCACCAAAUUCUCUGCUGGUGCAAAGUGAAGGGGACGAGAGUUGCUCAUUCUAUAUAUUUCUUUUCUGUAACAUCAAAUCUUUGUAUUAUGUUGGCCAGAUAUUAGUACUGUAAAGCAUCCAGUUGUCAAUAUGGUUAUA